ACAUAAUCGAAUAUAUUUUUGCCUUAGGUUGCUACGACACGGAUACAUUCCGUUUUUCUGUUGUUUGUUUUGCUUUUUAAGUAAAAUAUGCGAUUUGCAGCUUUUAUUUAACCAGAAACGGGAGCUGAUGGGAAGGUUUUACGUUAACGGUCCUCUUUAAAUUACAACCCGCAGCCAUGAAGAUCACAGAUAGCGUUAUACGGAGUUUCAGGGUCGCCAGGACGUAUCGACAAAACGAGCAGAAAGUGAACUGUGUGGAUUACAGCCCAGAUGGAGAAAAUGCGAUAUCAAGCAGCGACGAUGACUGUAUUAUUCUGUACGACAUGCGGGACGGAAAACCUAAAAGGACUUUAUUCAGUAAGAAGUAUGGAGUAGAUCUGAUCCGCUACACCCAUGCAGGCACACAGACUGUGGUGUACAGCUCCAACAAACUGGAUGAUACCAUCCGAUACCUGUCACUAACUGACAACAAGUACAUCCGCUAUUUCCAAGGCCACACCGCAAAGGUCAUCGCGCUCUCCAUGUCACCAGUCGACGAUACGUUUAUUUCCGGCUCGUUGGAUAAGACGAUCCGGAUCUGGGACCUGCGAUCUCAAAACUGUCAAGGUUUGACGAAGCCACUGGGGAAACCUGUGUGUUCGUUUGACCCUGAUGGGCUCAUAUUCGCUGCAGGUGUGGAAUCACAGGCCAUCAAACUGUACGACCUUCGUGCUUUUGACAAGGGUCCAUUUUCCUGCUUUGAGACGAGGUUUAGUCGUGUUUGUGACUGGACUGGACUCAAAUUCAGCAACGACGGGAAACAGAUUCUCAUCUCUACGAAUGGAGGAGCCAUUCACGUCCUGAACGCUUUCAAUGGAUCUGUGCUGCACACUUUUUCAAGCUACAACAACAGUAAAGGCAUCUCCCUGGAGGCCUGCUUCACCCCAGACUCACAGUUCGUCAUGAUUGGUUCGGAAGACGGCAGGGUUCAUGUUUGGAGCAUUGAGAGCGGGAUGAAGGUGGCCGUGCUGGACGGGAAACAUCCAGGACCCAUCAACACGCUGCAGUUUAACCCCAGAUACAUGACGUUUGCUAGUGCCUGCACGAGCAUGACAUUUUGGCUCCCAAGUGUCGAUGACUGAUAGAGGGAACAAAACUCAUCACCCUCAUGCACCGAGGUGGGAAAUCUUAAUGUGUUUGAGUUUUCUUUUUGAAAAACCUCAUGAUGAAGGAACCUCAUGACCUGGUGUUACAAUGAGUGAAAAACAUGCUUUUAUAUUGUAUUUUUAGGUUUUUACCAACUGUAUUUGAGAAAUACUUUAAAAGAUUAAUGCAGCUGUUUCUACACCAAAAUACCUCCUUUAAAAGGAGGUAUUUCAGAGUUCACAUUUCAACUCUGUAUCUUCUCGCAUCUUUUGUAUACUUUAAUAAUUUAAUUGUGUGUUUUUAUUGUGUCAACAUUUAAUAAUAAAACUGUUCUACACUUUUUUUAAAA